UGUCCCAGCUUAGUUCAUAUUCGAUGAACAUCGAUUCGAUUCAUAUUUCAACUGCACUGCAUCCGUGAAUAACUAAAUUUGGUGUUUGUCAGAAUUUCUAAAGUUUCAUGUGAGCCCAUUCGUCCAAUCAAGGACAUCUAUUUACAGCACACUUCACAUUCGUAUCUGUCCAUUCGGUUUCCCCGCUACCAAUCAUCAUGCUCUGGAGAAUCUUGACAUUGCUGACUGCGCAUGUUCACAUUUUAGGACUAGGUCUAGGCACCGUCGAUGCGCAGGAUUCGAACAUCAUUGGUACUCACGACCGACGGACAUCAUUGUCCUUGCCAUCUGCUACAGCUUGGCCUGGUAAAAGUGAUGAUUCCACCGAAAAACGCGUAGUGGUGAAUUGGAAGCUGACCUGCGAACAACUCUGUGGAGAAGGAUACGGAGGGCCAGCUUGCGGGCUGGCCUGCCUGGCAAUGGAAACAAAGGAUGAUUUCAAAAGAAUCAAACUGGAUACUAAAGCACAUGCUGAAGUUUGCUCGAAACUCUGCGAGAAUGGUUUGGGAUCCAAACACUGUGACUGUGAACCCUCAUCAUCAGCAAAGAGAAGCCACGAUCACCAUGGCGUAUGUAAAUCAUUUUGUGUAUCAGCUAAUGUUCAGCUAAACGGUUGCGGCCAAUGCGCAAAUGAAUUACCCGAGGGAGAUGCUGCUAGCGGUAUUCGGCCCACAACACCAAAUUGGGAUGAGCUGUGCACGUUGUGGUGCAAAAUAGGCGAAGGCGGGACAUUAUGCAAUUGUGAUCUACCACCUUUCGUUUAGGGAUUGAUCGAAAGUCCUCCCAAAAUGUGUAUGAUUUUGAACAUCGUUGAACGAACUUGUUUCGCAUAGUUGAGAUUUAUUUUCAUUAAAAUUCUAUUGUUGAGAACCAGAGAAUAGAGAUCGUCACAUAUCGAAGGAGAUUUAUUAAAAAUUUCCUCAAAAUUUUAAUGUUUCUUUUACUUAAUUAAAUGAUGUUUUAUUUAUUUGAAAAUAGUAUUAAGCGAACAAAAAAUCAAAGGGCUUCCAAACAAACGUCACUUCUGAGGAACAUCCGACGUGAUUGUAAAAAAUAUAUAGAUUUCCUCAUUAUAUUGACUUAAUUUAGCUAAGAUUGAUUGGUUAAAAGUAACAAAAAAAGAUAAGUAGCAUUUGUUGGUUAUUAAUCUGUCACUGAUUUUCAAUAUGGAAAUCGGUGAAAGUGAACUCCAUUCAGAUAGAGUCAUCUCUAUCAAGCGUCAAUUUUUUAGUAUAAAUUCUACGAAGAAACUUUCCCUUGAUUUUGUUUGAUAAAUAAUUCAGAUGUACAUAUGUACAUUCUUAUAAAUUUGAGCUAGUAACGUCAACCACAAAUUAAAAAUGUGUACUGUUCAAGGCGUUUCAAAUUUAAGAGAAUGUGAAGACCGCUGUGAAAGACAAUAAACACAAUAAUAAUGAUAAUAAUUAUAAUACGGAUCAUACAGAUCACAUAUAAUUGGAAAACUAGCAGAUAUGUAUUCGCUUAAAGGAUUAUCGUUGUGAUUAAAUAACUUACAAUGAAUGAGAAUACGCUGAAAUACAGUGGAUGACUAAUGACAUUGGACACAACCAAGGCGAUUGGAGUUUUUCGCGAUAAUUUCGAUUGUUCUCAUCAAGCAUCCUCGUAAGACAAAAGCUAAAUAAAUAUUGAUGUAUUAUCCAUAUAUUGAAAUACAUGGUUAUUGAUAAGAAUAAAUAUAUACACUAUGUAAAAUUUGAGAAUGUACACUAUCAGCUCAACGCUAGAACAAAAAUGCAAUGACAUUGAGACAAUAAAAUGAAUAAUGUGUAAUUCUACCACUACCCGAUAAUAGAAAUCGGUUGAAUAAAUAUCUGUUUUGGCCUACGAAUGUGUUUCGUGGUGAAAAAGAAAAAUAGAGGUAAUUAUUUUAUCUGAAGCUAUGUUUUUCUAUUUAAUGAUUCA